AUGACCGCAUUGGAGGAGCAUGCCUUCCUGGAACUACUCAGGCAAAUUGAGAAGGAUGGGUAUGACCCAAACCUUGGAGAGCGAGCUGUUCUUUGUCGAACGCUGAACAGCGCAUUUAAUCCUACUGGCCUGUACUUUGCAUCGGUUGGCGCUCUUUGCGGCGCCUUGUGCACUAAUCGCACGCAACUGCUCUUGUGGAGGGGGAUCAGCAUGUUCGUAGGUUCACUGUACUCUCUUGAAGCCUCGUGGGCACUUCAAGAGCAGCAGCCCUGCUUUAGUUUCUUUAACGACAUUCGAUCUGUGGAGGGACAUCUGAGAGAGAAGGCAAGUGAGUACCAUUUGUUGGGGCGCCUAGAUCACAAACACCGACGGCCUCUCAGGGUCCUCUUUGAUUUUCUUACAUUUGAUAGAACAUCGAAAUGGCUGGGCCCGUCUCGUUCCCUUGCUGUAGAUCCAGCGUUGUGGCUUACUCAUUUCAGAAUAGAGUGGUUUAAUGGGUUGCCGCUGGACCCAUUGACAAUGUGUUACUGGGGCUUUGCAUUCUAUCGUCACAAUUCAAGGACGGGGUGA